GAAAGAUCGUACCACGUCGGCCGUCUCCGACUCCGAUUAGACCUCUGACUAGACUCUGUGCCCUCACUGAAGCAAUAUUAGAGAACCUGCAUUUCUUGCUUUUAUCCUUCAGAUCCUUCUGACAUAUUGUUGAUUCGCCUCUAACACCCGUUCUCUCACAAUGUCUCAGCUAAGCUACGCACGCUACGGCAAGGACAACGUCCGCCUCUACAAGGUCGACAAGAACGAGCAAACCGGCGUCCACACAGUAGUCGAGCAAACUGUUCAAGUCCUCCUGGAAGGCGACAUCGAGACCUCCUACACCCAAGCCGACAACUCCGUCGUCGUCGCAACCGACACCCAGAAGCAAACCGUCUACAUCCUCGCAAAGCAGCACCCCAUCAGCCCGCCCGAGAAGUUCGCCGCCGUCCUCGGAACGCACUUCAUCACUCAGUACCCGCACAUCCACGCCGCGCACGUCAAGAUCGUGCAGCAUCGAUGGACCCGCAUGACCGUCGACGGCAAGCCUCACCCACACUCUUUCCUCCGCGACGGCGCCGAAGUCCGCGUCGUCGAGUCCGUGACGAGGGAAAACGAGGGGAUAUCUCUCCGCUCCAAGAUCGAGAAGCUGCUUGUGCUGAAGAGCACGGGGUCGGCGUUCCAUGGCUUCCAUCGCGACGAGUAUACCCGGCUGGCGGAGACUUGGGACAGGAUUCUCAGCACGGAGAUCGAGGCGGGCUGGAAGUGGAAGCUGUUCAAGUCGCUCGCGGAGGUGGAGCAGGUGGAUUUCGACGCCGCGUGGCAGGCCGCGAGGGAUAUUACGCUGAAGGUGUUCGCUGAGGACAAUAGCGCCAGCGUGCAGGCGACCAUGUACAAGAUGUGCGACCGGAUUUUGGCUGCUGUGCCGCUGGUGGAAGCCGUGGAUUACUCGCUGCCGAACAAGCAUUAUUUUGAAGUUGAUCUGAGCUGGCACAAAGGCCUCAAGAACACCGGCAAGGACGCCACUGUCUUCGCACCGCAGACCGAUCCCAACGGUCUGAUCCAAUGCACAGUCACCCGCAAGAGCUCCAAGGCCAAGUUGUAACCUGUGUUGGGAAGUGAUGAUAUUUCCCUUCUGUUUCCGGUC